ACACACGUCUAAAGAUAAGGCCUCAGGUGAAUAACCGGGAGGAGAGGAGAGCGCUUUAACCCCUGACCAUCUGGAGCAAUCGCAGUAGAAUUGGAACGAUGGCUGGAGGGCGUAUUCCUGACGGCGUCUACGAUCUAUAACAUAUGUUUUGAUGCUGGUACGCGCGCCGCCUCUUCCUCAGUACACUGACUGAACAACGCGACAAUAGCCUAAACGGUGUGUGCUUUCGGCUCCAUCGUCUCAGUUGGUUAUCUAUUCAUCCACGGCUCUGAAUCUGGCAGACCUGCACAGGACAUCGUGUUUUGUGUGGAAUUUGGCCUAUCUGUGUCAUCUGUCUGAGAGUCGGGGGAGAGAGAGAAAUAUAGAGAGAAAUAGAGAGAGAAAUAGAGAGAGAGAGAGAGAGGAGGGAGGAGAGAGAGAGAGAGAGAGAGAGAGAGAGAGAGAGAGAGAGAGAGAGAGAGAGAGAGAGAGAGAGAGAGGGAGAGAGAGAGAGACAGACAGCGCAAAGGAAUCCUUGGCAUACACACACGUCGGUGUCUCGAUGUGAUUUUGAGUGACUGGCUGCAUUCUUGUGGAGACGAGCGGAACGGAUAAACCUAUUUUCAUCGUCUCACCCAUUUGCGCGGAUAGCGGCUGGUGCAUGCCCGUCUGGGUUGAGCAUCUAACAGCGUCUCUUUCUGCUGGAGCUUUGCUGAUCCGAGCUGUCCUUGGUGGAGGGAGCCGAGAUGAGCGCCUUUCGGAGGGGUAGCUGGGUGUCUCUGUUGGAGUUGUGUUGGGUAUUAAUGGGACUGUGGAGGCUCGGGGCCGCCUGCCCUGCGUCCUGCUCCUGCAGCGGGACCAGGAUCGCCUGUGUGGACCAGGAGCGGGGCAUCAUGGCUUUCCCAGUGCUGCAGUCUGAGCUGGAGAUGGACAACAUCACGGACAUAUAUAUUGCAAAUCAGAGUAGCUUCUCAUCCAUCAAUGACAAAGACCUGCAUUAUUACCGGAACCUCACGAAUCUAACUGUGACUAACAGCAGGCUUACCUAUGUGUCUCGACUGGCUUUCCAGAACAACCUCAAACUCCAGUAUCUGAAUCUGAAAGACAACAACUUGUCAUCUCUUUAUUGGAGGAUAUUUCGACAUUUAAACAUAUCAAAUCUGAUUCUUUCAGGGAACCCGCUGCACUGUUCCUGUGAGAACAUGUGGAUGAAGCUGUGGCUGGGAGAGGAGGCUGAUGCUCAGGAGCUCAGAUGUAUAGAGGAGGGUGGCGGGAGGAAACCUCUCACCAGGCUCAACCCCCCUCACUGUGUGGUUCCCAUGGCGACUCUGAGCCCAUCCAAGGUGACGGUGCAGGAGGGUGCUGAUGUGGUGUUGACAUGCAACACCUCUGGAGCGCCAUCUCCUGAGCUCAUCUGGAACAUGACCCCACUCGUCUCCUACAAUGAGAUUGAGGCCUCAGGGCAGGUGUCUGAGCUCCAUCUCUAUAACCUCUCCUCACUGGACAACAACUGUAAGAUCACCUGCAGCGCUGAGAACAUUGUGGGCGAGAAUGAGUCCUCAGUCUUCCUCGACAUCCUCUUUCCCCCUAACAUCAGUAAAUUGAGUGAUGCCUACUCAGACCACCACUGGUGCAUCCCAUUCAGUAUGUCUGGGAACCCAAAACCUGAUCUCCGCUGGCUGUUAAACGGGGAGCCGGUGAAUGAGGGACCCUACAUCAUGACUAUGAUCCAUGACUUCUCUGAGAGGGAGUUCCACGGCUGCCUGCAGCUGGACAGCCCCACACACAUCAACAACGGACCGUACACCCUGCUGGCCAGCAACAAGUACGGACAAGACCGCAAGACCGUCGAGGCUCACUUCAUGCUUGACCCCUUUGAUGGAGGAACAGUGACAGAACCACUUUACUAUGACCCAACUACAGAGGACACACCUCUAGAGCCACCAGAAGACAGAGUUGCUGUAUAUGUGGUCGUAGGGAUUGCAGCAGUAGCCUUCAUGGGUUUUCUAUUGAUGCUGGUCAUCUUGAAAUUCGGGGGAAACUCAAAGUUUGGAAUCAAAGGUGCGUCAUCGGUGAUCAGUAAUGAUGACGACUCGGCUUCUCCUCUCCACCACGUGUCCAAUGGCAGUAACACUCCGUCCUCCUCUGAGAUGGGCCUAGACGCAGUCAUCAUCGGCAUGACCAAGAUCCCCGUUAUCGAGAACCCUCAGUACUUCCGCAGCAACAGCAUGCUCAAAUCAGACACCUUUGUCCAGCACAUCAAGAGACACAACAUAGUGCUGAAGAGGGAGUUGGGAGAGGGGGCGUUUGGGAAGGUUUUCCUGGCUGAGUGCUAUAACCUGUCUCCUGAGCUCGAAAAGAUCCUGGUAGCCGUCAAGACCCUGAAAGAGGCUAGUGAGAAUGCAAGGAAGGACUUCCACCGGGAGGCCGAGUUACUGACCAACCUGCAGCACCAGCACAUUGUCACGUUCUACGGUGUGUGUGUGGAGAGCGACCCCCUCAUCAUGGUUUUUGAGUAUAUGAAGCACGGGGACCUCAAUAAGUUCCUCAGGGCUCACGGUCCCGACUCCGUGAUGAUGGGUGACGGUCCGACCAAUAGGCCCGUGGUUUUGACCCAGUCCCAGAUGCUGCACAUCGCCCAGCAGAUUGCUGCAGGCAUGGUCUACCUGGCCUCCCAGCACUUUGUCCACCGAGACCUGGCCACACGUAACUGUCUGGUGGGAGAGAACCUGCUGGUGAAGAUCGGUGACUUCGGCAUGUCCCGAGAUGUGUACAGCACGGACUACUACAGGGUAAGUGUGGGGGGUCACACCAUGCUGCCCAUCCGCUGGAUGCCUCCAGAGAGCAUCAUGUACAGGAAGUUCACCACAGAGAGUGACGUGUGGAGUCUGGGCGUGGUCCUCUGGGAGAUCUUCACCUACGGCAAACAGCCCUGGUACCAGCUCUCCAACAACGAGGUGAUUGAGUGUAUUACACAGGGGCGUGUCCUGCAGCGGCCUCGCACCUGUCCCAAAGAGGUGUACGACCUGAUGCUGGGGUGCUGGCAGAGGGAACCCCACAUGAGACACCACAUCAAGGAUAUCCACAGCUUACUGCUCAACCUAGCCAAGGCCUCUCCUGUCUACCUGGACAUCCUUGGCUGAGAGAGUGUGUGUGCGCAUGGUUGAGUGUGUGUUUGAAGCUACGAUCAAACUCUUUAAGGCAAUCAGAAGAUUCCCCAACUAUUCCCUUGUGCCCUACCCUCCCCCGCUCCCUCUCUCUCAUACUUUCUUCCUACUUCUACUCUGUCAUGCAUCUCUUUACCCACCAUCUAUUUUCUUCCUACUCAAGAGACAUUAAGAAUGGUUUGCAGUGGGAAGGCUUCCAUUUCUUCAAAGGCUUUUUAACGGCGCCUAAAUGGUCUACUGUAAAUGGCUAAGAGGGCUGUACUAUAGUAUAUACGAGCAGGCAGUGGGAGGUGCCAUUUGGUCCAAUUGGUUUCUGGAAACUCCAUCCUUCUGUAAAUAAAAUCCCUGGAGUCCAGAAGAGGUGCCUCCACUGCAGAUGGGUGAUUUUGUCUCUGUACAUACCGGACAUACAGCUACCAGACCCCAGCAAUGUCCUGAAAAGACUUGAGACGCAUUGCACCAUCUGAGGAGACAUAGAAGCAACCAGACUAUUAUUUCCCCUCAUGUCAACAAGGCAUGACAUAAGACAUUUCCCCUCAUGCUGACAAACAAGAACAAAUGAAAUGCUAUAACUAAGUGGUAUUCAAAGUCAGGGCAACAAAUGGGGGUUGGGGGGACCAAAAAAUUAAGAGCACAGAUUAUUGUAUGGGACAAUAUAAGAUCAUUUGAAAAACAUUUUAUUCAGUAUUUUUAUUUAUUUGUUUCUUGUCAUUUUGGUAAGAUAUGAAAAUGCAAUGAAUUUAAUGUUAAUUGUGAAUGUAAAAAUUCUAUGAUUUUAAGGUUGUGUCAUAAAAUUUUGGGUGGGGUCGUGAGAGAUUAUUGGGGGAAAAAAUGGGAUCCUCAUAAAUUCUGAUGAAAAAAUGGGGUCCCCACUAAAAAUGUUCUAACUGAGAAAGAGAGUUUGGGCUGUGUGAGAUGGUCCUUUCAUUGUUAGUGGUGAGGAUCUCCGUUUAGGCGUGGUUGGGUCAACUGUGGUAGAAUCAUGACACACACACACACACACACACACACACACACACACACACACACACACACACACACACACACACACACACACACACACACACACACACACACACACACACACACACACACACACACACACACACACACACACACACACACACACACACACACAUCUCCACCCCCUACUACAUAAACACUCAAAAGGCUUCUGAAGGAAAUUGAAUUGUGCAUGUUUUAUUAUUUUAGUCUUGGCCACAGUGCUUUAGCCACGCUGCCCCAGCCCUUGUCAGUAAUGGUGUAAUGUAUAUUUCAUUAAGGAGCUCAUGUUGGCCAUUAGCACAGUCUCCCCUCAGACAUGUAAGACAUUGUUUUAUGGGAGGGAAAGGAGAUGAGGAAGUGGGGAGAAGGAGAGAGACAGCGAGAUAGAGAAGAGUGAAGAGGGAGAGCACGAGGCCUGAAUGUCUGCAGGGAAAUAGAGAGAUAACAUCCAUCAUAGUGCGGUCUGGACGGUUUUAGAAACCACAGCUCUUUACUUCACACACCUCGCAUUUCUAUGGGCUCCUCAACCCCACCACCCCACACACACAGCAUUUUAUUGGUUUGGUCAUAAGCUCAUUGCUAUUUAAUUUGUUCUAUUUAUCAUUUUUGAUAUCUACUGUAUGUUCACCAUGCCCAUUUUGUAUUUCUUGUAAAUUCUUUGGUCUGAAUCGAGGUCUGAAUCAAAUUCAAAGUGAGUGAUUAAAUUGAUUAUGCUGACAGUA